AUGAAAUACUGGGGCACAUUAUUGACCCUUCCAAUUACAAAAGUUCUGGUUAUACUCUUCUCUCUGUCACUGCUUGGUGCUGGGAUAUAUGGAGUCACUCAGGUGGAUGAGUCAUUUGAUAGACGUGUAUUGGCCAGAGAUGAUUCCUACUUGAGGCAGUUUUUGACAGCUCAAGGAAAGUACUUUGAGCUGUCCAUUGGAGUGAGUAUCGUGCAGACUGGUGAGGUUGAUUACCAAUUGAGGUCCACGCAGAGCGACAUUAAAGAAUUAACGAACGUAUUCAAGGAAAAUGAAUAUUACAAGAACCAAUCACUAUCCUGGAUGGAUGCAUUUGCCCAGUAUGCUAAGAAGUCGAAGAGAAACAUUACUGGCUCAGGUUUUCUACGAGAAUUGAAAACAUUCCUUCGUAUUCCCGAGUUCUCGUAUUUCACACAGGACGUGAAGUUAUCCGAGGAUGAGACCAAAAUAGAAGCUUCUCGCGUAGUAGGCUAUAUGAAGGAUUCGGGUAGCUCCACCUUCCAGAAAAAAACGCUAUGCUCACACUCCGUGAAGACAUAUCAAAGAAGUCCAAACUGA